AGGUGGGCAUCUCAUUGGGUUGGUGGUAUAGGGCUAAAGGAAGUUGUUCCUUCUCAGAAGCUUCAUCCCCAUUUCUCUGCUCUCUUCACAACUGCUAGAGGAUCCCUCAAGAGUCCGAUCUUCACAAGGAGUCACAUCAACACUUCUUAAAUCAUCAGAAAUGGCUACUAGUGCUAGCGGAGGUAGAACUGAAGAGAACAAGCCGAGCAUUUUGAGCACAUUACCCAAGCAUCUGCCAUUAGACUUUCUGAAGAGUAUCACUGAUCAGUUCUCAGAGAAGUGUAUAAUUGGUGAAGGCGCUUUUGGAACCGUUUAUAAGGGAACAGCGCCAGAUGGGGAAACCAUUGCUGUGAAGAAACUUGCCGAAAAUUCGCCCCUUCCACGAGAUAGAGCAUUUAAUAAUGAGGUUCAAAAUAUUAUGGCUCUCCAACAUGAAAAUGUUGUAAAGUUGGUUGGCUACUGUCAUGAAAGUCAAAAGAAAGUGGUGCAGAACAAUGGAAGAUAUAUUGUUGCCGACAUUGUUGAAGGCGUACUCUGCUACGAAUACUUACCAGGGGGAAGCCUUAAGAAGAAUCUUUUUGGAGAUACCCAAAUGAACUGGGACACACGAUUCAACAUAAUUAAGGGGAUCUGCGAGGGUUUACUCUUUGUACACAGCAUUCCUAUUGUGCAUAUGGAUCUUAAGCCGGAAAAUAUACUGCUGGAUAGUAACAUGGUACCGAAAAUAGCGGAUUUUGGUCUCUCGCGACUCUUCGGUCAAGAACAAACACGGAUGAACACACAAAAUGUAGUGGGGUCAUAUGGAUACAUUGCUCCAGAAUAUCUAUAUAGAGGUGAAAUCUCCACAAAGUCAGACAUAUACAGUUUAGGUGUACUAAUCCUGGAGACCACCACAAGAGAGGAGAAUUGCCGCGGGAACAAACCAUCUGCAGAACAAUUUAUUAAAAAGGUACGUGAAAAUUGGACAGAGCAGCACAUCGUAUCAGAGUACCCAUCAUUAAAAGCAGAUAGCCUCCGACAAAUAAAAAAAUGCAUCGAAAUUGGACUGCAAUGUGUUGAGACUGAUCGGCAGAGGAGACCUUCCAUAGAAAAAAUUAUCGACCAGCUCAAUGGACGGCAUUCUAAUUGAGCUACAAGGUCAUACUGAUCUCCAGUCUCCAGGGAGAAUUAAGUUUGUGUCUUCUUCAGGAGACAUGUGCAAGAAGCAAAGGACAUGCUCGGCUGUUUGCCAAAGUUGAACUAAUUUGCUACAAUAUGUACGCCAUUGUGGAACCUAUUAACUUCCAUUUCUUAUGAUGAUUGCUACUCCAUGUAUAUUUUCUUGGUAAUGGACUUCUUUAUACACCAGAUACAGUGCAGUUGCCUGUCCAAUUUAAGUGCCACGUAAGAAUUUUAUUCUCCCCGUGUAG